AUGCCAGCUGCACCGGGAACAGCUGGGCGAGCAGAUGCAGGGCGCGGGGCACGCACGCUUUGUUUGAUAAAGUUUAUUCGGGGAAAUAAAACUGUUAGCCGCGAUUGCGCGAGUUGCGGGGUUGAGGGGUGCGCGCGGGGGCGACUGGACCAGCCCGGCCGGCAGCUGCGACGCAUCUGCCGCGCUCACCUGAACCUUUACUACAUGCCCCGUCUCAAGGUGCCGACGUCGUGUAAUUAA